GCCAAUGAGCCUGUUUGGUACUCAGAAGAUAUUUGGCACCGCACAACCAAGCCCUUUUGCUACGGGUUUUGGGACUACAACGACUGGCACGACAGCUUCUACUACCACUAACCCCACUCUUUUCGGGGGCUUCGGUUUUGGCACAGGUCAGACUACACAGGCUUCUAGUUUGUUCCAAACCACUGCACAGAAGACUACUGCCCUGACCAACCCCUUUGGAAGUUUGAGUUCCGGUGUCAGUCCUUUCCAAUCAUUUGGGGCUGGUGUCCCGAAAACAACUACAGCGUUUCCUUCUCUAUUCUCCGCUACAACCACCUCACAGCAACCGUCUUUGUUUGGAGCUCAGCCUGGGCUUGGUCUCGGGUCACUAUAUAAUCCUCCCCAGUCAACUUUUGGAUCAUUAUUCUCAGCACAACCAGGCACCACCACAGCCAUUGCUCAGUCAUCGCAGCCUCAAGGUCUGCAGCACAACAGUGUGGAUGCAUUUUUUGCAUCUCUAUGCCAACCUCUACUGUUCGGAGAUGAGCGAGACACCAUCUUAGCCCGAUGGAAUCAGUUGCAAUCAAUGUGGGGCUCUGGAACGGGGUUCAGCUCUCUUGGCAUCGCUGUAUACACUCCCGAGAACACCUUUGCCCGGUUCAAGUCAGUUGCUUAUAACUUGCUACCAACAAGUACGGACGCGGAUGGACUCGUGUGUCUUUACCUUGCCCGACCAUUUGCCGAAGUUAUGUCCCAACGGCAAGGGUUACAGGACGUUUUGUUUCGACUGUUAGGAGGGCGACCGAAUCUGCAAUUGAUCAUUGAAGAAAUUCGGCCCUGCGCGGAACAGCAAAAUCAAACAGAGGUCAUCUUAUCAGUGGUCGAGCGGCAAGUCACAGGUGGCGUGACCAAGGUAAGCGCGAGCGAGCUUGAAAAAUAUCUAUCCUCCCCUGCAGUUGCGUCACAGUUGCAAUCGCAAUUGUGUGCUUGCAAGGUUUCAGCGGAAGUGUGCCCUUCUUUCGCUCAGUUAUCCGCCUUCAAAGAAAACCCCCCAGCCGGUAUCGACAGACUGAUUUGGCAACAGGCGUGUAUGGAUAAUCCUUUUCCGGACAGCGCUGUUCCAGUCCCUUUGGUUGGAUUCGCUGAUCUUCGCCGCCGUAAACUCGACCAAAUUGCCUUCAACCAACAGCAGAGUAAUGUUCUCAAACAAAUCGGCAAAAAGGUGCAAGAACUGAAAACAGGGCAGUUGAAUAUCACACAAAAAGUGAACCAACUCAAACGGAAGCAAGUUGAAAUUAGUCAUCGAGUUUUAAAAGUGCUUCGGCGCCAGGAAGUGCAUCGGCGAUCCGGUUUUGCAAUCGGCGCAGACGAAGAGGCGUUACGCUGUGGGUUGGAACGAAUUUGGGCCGAACUUACCUCCCCGCGUGGUCUCCGGGUGCGGUUUCAGGAUGCCUUGUCCAACUUCAAACUGAACACAAAUGCACCCGAUGGCGGCAACAAAGAGAACUCCCUGAAUUCCAACACCGAUCCAGCCUACGGCGACGGACAGGUUGAAUGGAAUUUGGACGCGGAUUCUUGGGCCGAGUUAAAGGAGUACUUGGCACAGCGACAAAGUGGAAUUCGAGAGCUACAGCACUUGAUCACUGAAAUGUCGGCUACAGUGAAAGUAAUGGAACAAAUCCCUUUAAAGCCCGCGAUCCAAAGCCCUGUUCCACCGUUUUCCGGCCGUCUUCGCACCACUCCCAGCAAGGUCUCAUUCACGCUUAGUGGCCUGGCUCGUUGAUCCCAACCUAUUUCCAGUACAGCAUUAUUACAGUCGUGUACAAUUUCAUGCGUACCAUUCCUCUCCAAUGUUUCAGGCAUUUACUUGCCUUCUUCACUUCUCUGUCACAAUUCAAGUAUCCGGUAAAAAUAUAAUGUUGAA